UGGUGUAACGUGGAACGGUACCGCGCGCGAUCAUCGGCGCGCCGGCCGAACCGAGGGGUUGCAUUCUCUUUCUCCUCUUUUUUUUCUCUCCUUUUCUGUUUCUCUCUCUAUCCCUCUUCUUCUCUCCUUCGCGUGCGUAUGAUAUCGCGGGUUCCGCGACUUCUUCGAGGAACGUCCGAUUGUCGUGGUAUAGCGACGCGACGGUGAGAUAAGACCAUCGCUGUUGGUCGUGCGCGUCGGAGUCGGUAAUAGAUAGGCGUGCGAUGCGCUACACUGCGGUCAUUAUCACGUGAGGAGGAGAAACUGUCCAAUCGUUCUCCGCUGAUCCCCUAAACUAAACGCGACGUUUUUUUUUUACACAAGGACUCUUACAUUCGUCAUACCCCGUGCAAUUUUCAACCGUGAUGCUAUCCAACUAAUUCGCGAUGCCAUAUAUGAUCAUAUGAAGAAAUUGUUUCUGCUAGAAAGCAUACGUAACUGCAAUUAACAAUUUGGUCCUGACGUUCCACGGAAUAAGAAGAUUAAAUAAGAAGAUAACGCGUGAAGAAAAAGAAAAAAAACGGACGUUUGCCAUCAAGAAAGCAGAGUGAAGAGCCCGUGAGAGUUAUUUAAAUCCACUCCUCGUCAAGUCUGAGGAGCCUGUCAUUUUUUACUGCGAGAAAUUAGUCUAAAUGUGUUCGAUAGCGAUGCCUGCCGAAUUGAUUUUACACAGCCCCCCGGUGUACAGUUCCCUGCUGUACGGUCCCUUGGUGGUCACGGCACCCACGAUCACCAGCCGAUCGGUGCCACCUAGAAUCAGACCGUGCCUCUCUACGGGAUCCUUGCCCCUGGACUCAUUGCGAAAUAACGAUGGAAAACAAAAGAAACGGGUCGUGUUCGCCGAUGAUCGCGGCCGACCGCUCACACAGGUUCGCGUCAUGUCGGAACCAAGCAACGUACCACCAUUAUGGAGCACAGCUUACGUGGCUGGUUUGCUUGGCAUAUCAAAGGAUCAAAGUCAAGAAGCGACACAGGAUAUUACGCCACCGUGGCAGGUGACUUUCCCGCAACCGGCGAGCGACUAUCUCGCCUUCCGGCGUAAGCUCGAUCAAAAUAGCGUUAGCCUGGAGAACGUGAUCGUGCGCGAGUCCGAGCAGUGCUUGGUGGGCACAGUGAAGGUACGGAAUCUGGCUUACGACAAGGAGGUCGUGGUGAGGGCCAGUAGCGACAGCUGGUCCACCCACGAGGACGUGCACUGCACGUACGUAGCGCAACCGGGGUCAUCGAGUUCCCUUAUCCUGUACGACACCUUCCGCUUCCGCCUCACCUUGCCGGUGGCAUCGAACGUCAUUGAGUUCUGCGUGAGAUAUCGCACCGACGGCAGAGAGUCGUGGGACAACAACGAGGGCAAAAACUAUCUGGUUAGCAAAAAACAGGAGCCUCGAGUACCAGCCGCACGAUGUGAUAACAGCCAGACGACGAAAUGCGACGGGCUCUCCAACGGAACGAGGGACGGCAGUGUGCCGCAGAUCGCGGAAGCUACCAGGUUAAAUAUGCGUACCUGGAGCGAGUUCGCAUCUUGGCAGCACCUGGCCAACGAUGCACCCUAUUGGUGAAUCGAUCGACGAUGAGGUCAUGCCCCCUCGUCUCGAUAUCGAAAUCAUGUACGAAGCUGUACAAACUCCUCCAGUUUUUCUCAUCUCGGCGACUUCGCCGAGACGUAGAUCACGCGAGACCACGAGCAGGAGGCAUCUCGCGAGGCACGUGAGUCGCCAGGGACGUGGGAACGGAGAGGAAUAAACGCGAGGACGUGAGGAGAGAAGCUGUGCGACGAUUCUCAAAUUGAGAACGAGGAAACAAGAGCGCGCGCGUGCGGGAGAAAAAAACAAUCGGGAGAAUGAUAGCAUGUGGGCAGCAGAACCGAACGACGCUGAGCGUUGGAUAACGCAAUCUACACGGUUUUAGCAUCCGCGUCAUCGUACGACCGGUUCAUGAAAAUCAUUCAACAUCUGCCUCCAGCUAUAACAUCAGUGACCACGCCAAUACGGACAUCAUCGUCGCACGUUAUCUUCUCAAACGUUCUCUUCUUCCUCCUCCGUUUCUUCAUUCCUGGGAUUUUCGGCCCGCCUGUGAACAGGAGUCCGUCUUGAGCUUCCAUCCUCGACUUGAUCCAAAUCUCGCUGGUCUCGUCAUAUCGGCCAAUGUUAUAGUUCUGUAAGCUUUCUCCAUUUCUUCCUUCAUACACUUCUUCCUCUUUCUCUUCUUCUCUUCUCUUUUUCUAUGUUUCAUUUCUUCCUCUCGGCACUGUCAAUACUAUCUUCUCUACGAAAUACAAAUCAUUGCCCGAGUGUGUCAAUUAUUUUUUACGAGCAUAACGGGAGAUAGAAAACGCGCGUGUGUCUCGUGAGGUAACUAGCAUUGCGAGAUUACUGCGCAAAAAAUUGUAUCGCAAUGUGCCUUAGAGUGCCUUAAGGAAUUAUAAAGGUUUGUCUCAUAAUGCUCAAGCAAUGUAAGCUCGUAAAACGAUCCUUGCAAGCGUCUUUCUACGUUCUUUAAGCCUAUUAUUGCGUUAUUUAAACAAUCGUAUUAUCGUUAUCGAGUCGUUGAAAAGUUUUAUUAUUAACAACUGCGAGAAACAUAAGGCAAGUACCGUUCGUAGUCGAUGUGAAUUAGUAGAAAACGAUAAGAUGAUAACUGUUAACGGCAGGUUUAUUUUGUGACCGAUGCUAUAUGCCGUUUCUUUUAUAGUUCUUCUUUCGACAUGUACCGUUUCAUUCGAUUAGAGAGCAAUAAAUUAUCGCAUGGUGGAUACGAAUUUUCGACGGUCGUUGCACCGUACUGUUAGAAUAUCCGAAUCGAGAAGAUAAACGACACCAGAUAUAUCUUGUGAAAUGUUGAACUACUAAUUUAAAAAGCGCAACUAUAUCUAUAUGUAUUUUAACUAUUUUUGGCUUUCACUUUUCACAAAGAAUUUUUUAACGAAGAUUUAUGUCUUAUAUACAUGUAUAUACAGAAUUGAGCGUAUACGUGAUACACGCGUUUGCGAACUAUCUGCUUGCUUGAAUCAAUGCGUUUAAGCAAGUAGAGUUUCAAAAUAAAUAGAAUAAGCGAAUGAACUGCGAUAAUAGUGAAUGAGCCUAUCGACGUACAUCUCGUCGUAUACGAAUAAACGCUGAAACAUACGCAAUCGAUUAUUAAUUCGUGAAUAUAUGUAAAAAGAAAUUCUAUGAUAAAUGUAUAUAUGAAUUGAAUUAUCAUAUGCUUGAUAUUUUCUUCUGAGGUGACUUUGUAAAAAGUUUGUGUAUUGUUUCGAUUGUUGAAACGUCAAUUUUAUUCAGGUAUUCACGAGUUAGUAGUCAGCGCGAUCGCAAAGGCUUGCGUCGAAAUAACAACGGCGGAGUGGAGUAUGAAUGCUUGUGAAACCUAUGAAUCUUUCGAUACUUUUUGGCAUCAAGCAUUUCUUGCCGAUCAAUUCAUAUCUCGUAUCUGGCGGGCUUCUAUAUAUGGAGCAGCCUAUAGAGUUUCUCUGAAGUCACUUCUGACUUUAGCUCUUCCAACACGUUCAAAACGCUGCCACUUCAAUGUCUGUGCCUGUACUUCUUCAAGCCUCUCGUUUGAAAUUAAAUGCAUGUCUUUCUAGCUAGUGUGUGGCUUAGCACGCACGGAAGUACAAUGCCACCCGCGUUGUUAAACAAAAGCAAUAUUCGAAUGCUCAACGACCUGAGUUUUGCUUACAGGAAACGAGAGGGCAACCGGAGGCGGCACUGCUUUCGCGGUGAAUGAGAGAGUGCUUUAAGUUGCAGAAUUGUUGAAAAGAAACGUCGGCAUGACUACGAGAAACGGCCAGACUCCACCCGGUGAUUUGCAGACGCCAUUCUACGCGUCCUGCAUCGGGCUUUGAUAGCAGCACUGUAAACGGAACUGCUUUCUCUGCUCGUAGGGAUUCUUUGCAGUUCUAUUCUUCAAAGUAGAUAACGAUUGAUAUUCCACUUUCUUUACGCUUUCUCAGCGAGAUAGACUUUAACAUCAAAUCUUUCAAUAAACGAACUAAUAUUAUUUCUAUUUUCUACUAUUUCUUUUGUUAUCUUUCCUUUCCUUUUCUUUCUA